GUGCAUUUAGCGAUUCACGUUCGCUGCUCUCGGUCUGUGAUGAUCAAAACAGUCCAUCCCAUCGACUACUCUCUACAGCCGCGACGUAUGACCAAGAAUACUUGUUAAAGGUGCUUGAUAUACUUAAUUCAGUUGGGCGUUCGGGAUGGCCCUAAACAAGAACCACUCGGAGUCUGGCGGCGUCAUCAUUAAUAACAGCGAAAGUGUGUUGAUGAGCUAUGAGAAUGUGGAGUUGGCUUUCUGUGAAGCAGACCGUCUCCCUGACGCUUUCAAGAAGACCAGGAAGGGGAGCAUCUAUCUGACCCCAUACAGAGUGAUCUUCGUAGCCAAGGUUCUCAAGGAGCCCCUGAUCUCAUUCAUGAUGCCGUUCUACCUGACCAAGUCCUGUGAAGUCAAGCAGCCGGUGCUGGGAGCAAACUACAUCAAGGGGACAGUCACCGCAGAACCAGGAGGAGGUUGGGAGGGCACGGCUACCUUCAAGCUGGUUUUCAACCAGGGAGGAGCCAUCGAGUUUGGACAACACAUGCUGCACGUAGCCUCACAAGCCUCCAAGGGCCAGCCCGUCCUGGGUAACUAUGGAAACUGCCCCUAUAUGGCGGCCAAUGGGGCAUGUGCCCCCAUGUACCCCCCUCCCUCGACCAAUGGGAUGUACGCAGCAGGGCCCCCGCCAGGAUACAGCUACCCUGCAGGUGGGUUUUACCCCAGCCCCCCUGCAUUCGAAGGCGGCCCUGCGGCCUACAUGCCCCCUCCCCCCUACUCCGCACCCCUCAGCCAGUCGCCUCAAGACCUCGACCUGCCCAAAACUUCCGCAGCUGAGGCUAAGGCAGCUGAGGCAGCCGCUAGUGCUACGUCUGUGUCUCCGUCUCAUGCUCGCGUCUACUUGCCAGAGGACAAGCCUCCGCCAUAUUCCCCACCGGAUGACAAGAAGAACCAGUAGAGGAGGAACCUUCUUCUCUCUCUCUCUCUCUCUCUCUCUCUCUCUCUCUCUCUCUCAGCACCUUUCUCCCUCCCUCCAUCUCUCUCUGCCAGCACCUCCAUCCCUCCUUUUCUGCCUCUCUCUCCUCCCGCAAUUCCUGCCUGCCUGCAUCUCCUUGGGCUGCUGAGUCAGCUCUCCCUCCUCCUCCUCUUCUUCUCUCUCUCUCUCUACUCCUCCUCCUCUGUCAUUUCUUGGCUUUCUGUUUGCACUCAUUCCUCCUGCAGGCUUCUCUCUGUCUCUGUAAGCAUGACUGGUGGCACUCUGCUAGUUUAGAAUGUCGGAGGCCGGAAUGUUUCCGCUCUGCUGUUGCUGUAGCAACCACUGUCACCAGAGAGAGAGAGAGCGUAGAGUACAGUAGAGUGCCGUCCGGGCACUACCAUGUCUGACUGGCAGGAAUGACCGACUGGUAGUGUCAGGGCCUGCCCUACGGCUUGCCCUCCGCAUUAAUGAGGAAACAUAAUAAUGUAUCCGUUUACACAUCAAUGUGGACGCAGAUCGUUUUAACCUCGGAUACGUGUAUUAAUGUUUUAUCCGGCUUAAUGUGGACAUGGCCCUAGUCCUAGCCUAUUGUACUACAUGUAUGUCAUUCUCAUCUCCUUAUUACAUGUCUUCAUUUAACCUUAACCUCCUUUCUAUUGCAUCGUUUUCUCUUGCCGCAUUCAGUAAUGGACUUUUUGUGUGUGACCAUAAUUUAACUUAAAGUAGUAUAUAAUUUCAUUUUUGUUUUGUUUUAAUCUUAACUUAUUUGUAUCGAAAAACCAAAACUAACCUGGAGUGACACUAAUGAUUCCAGCUAAGUCAGUGUUUAUUUGAUGAUGUGUGUGUUGCUUGUGGCUUGCCUUUUGUUUGUUGUUUUGUAUGUUAUUAUUAGAGGUAUAAAGAAGUAUUGUGAGGGCCAGUUGCAAAGGGACCAAUGCACUACAUAGAGCGAAAUGACUAUAUGUAACAGGAGGCCAGUAUUGGCAGCAGACUGCAUUAGAAGUGUGUGUGUGUGUGUGUGUGUGUGUGUGUGUGUGUGUGUGUG